UUUUGUUGCUGGGCAAGGUUUCUGCUGAGAGUAAACAGCGCCGUAAUGUCUGGUCGCGGCAAGCAAGGCGGCAAGGCGCGGGCGAAGGCCAAGUCUCGCUCCUCUCGGGCCGGACUCCAGUUCCCCGUCGGCCGCGUCCACCGACUCCUCCGCAAGGGCAACUACGCCGAGCGGGUCGGCGCCGGGGCGCCCGUGUAUCUGGCGGCCGUGCUGGAGUACCUGACGGCGGAGAUCUUGGAGUUGGCCGGCAACGCGGCUCGGGACAACAAGAAGACCCGCAUCAUCCCGCGCCACUUGCAGCUGGCCAUCCGCAACGACGAGGAGCUGAACAAACUCCUGGGGAAAGUGACCAUCGCCCAGGGAGGCGUCCUGCCCAACAUCCAGGCUGUCCUACUGCCCAAGAAGACCGAGAGCCACAAGGCGAAAGGCAAAUAAUGGAACACUUUUAACCGAACAGGACGCGCUUCUCUCUUCUGAACCCAAAGGCUCUUUUCAGAGCCACCCACAAUCUCAUCUAAAAGAGCUGCGACUCUGCUUAAAAGGGGUCUUCUCAGUUCGCUGUUGUCCGAGAGCCAGGAACUUUAAAAAAUAUCUCAAUUAACUUUUCAAGAAUCCUCAUUAUGUUUCCUUUAAUUCUGUUGGCAAGAAAUUGACCAGAUGGUCAAUUUCCGGGAAAAUGUCUUAGUUAUCGCAUUCUACUUUUUUUUUUUUCCUAGAAACGAUUCGCUGUGCCAUAUGGAGGCGUGAAGCGAAUCAAGCCGCUCCGGCGAAAAUCAGUCUUGUUUUCCGGGUGGCUGUGCUCAGAGAACAUAGCCUCGUCGGUAUCUUAAGCUAUGUAUUCUGGGAACCAGGGAGGAAUUCAUUCCUUUGGUGCGAAGGGGGUGUCUACUGUUGAUCCCUAAAGGGGCA